GAAAUGUCAAUUAGUGAUUAUUUUAAAAACAAUUCUGUUACUGCAAGUCCUCGGAUUGGAGGAGGAAAGAAGAGCAGCAACAACAAUACUCCUGCAAAAUUGACACUAGAAAACGAAGGAGAAAAAUCAACAAUUCCUUGGGUUGAAAAAUAUCGUCCAAAAAAAGUGGAUCAAGUUUUAUGUCAAGAAGAGGUUGUAGCUGUUUUGAAUAAAUGUUUGAAUGGAGCUGAUGUAAAUUUAAAAGGAAUUUUUUAUUUAAAAAUUUUUUUGUUAAAGUUGCCAAAUAUUUUAUUUUAUGGUCCUCCUGGAACCGGAAAGACUUCUUGUGCAAUAGCUCUUUGUCGUCAACUUUUUCCUUCAUCACAGCUUUAUAAAGACAGAGUUUUGGAAUUAAAUGCUUCUGAUGAGAGAGGAAUUAAUGUUGUUAGAAAUAGGAUUAAAGAAUUUGCUAGAAUCGCCGUAUCUUCUUCCUAUUCUGCAUCAAAAACUUCAAUUCCUUCAUUAAAAAUUGUUAUAUUAGACGAAGCUGAUGCAAUGACAGGGCCAGCCCAAUCUGCUUUACGUCGUACAAUGGAAAAUGAAACACAAACAACUCGUUUCUUUUUAAUUUGUAAUUAUGUUACUCGAAUUAUUGAACCGUUAACUUCGAGAUGUGCAAAGUUUCGAUUUAAGCCGCUCUCUGAAGAAGCACAAAAAGAACGGUAA